AUGCCACCAAUAACACGAAAAAAGAUUUUAACAAAAAAAGUAAUCUCUUUACCCAAACUGCCAAAAGUCCAUAGUAGAAAUAGUACAAAAAACAUUCCAAUAACUCCAUUAACCGGUAAUACCAAUAUUACAACAACAUUUGACACAAAUGGAAUAGAAACACCAAUGGGUCCUAACAAUAUGGUUGAAGAUGGAAAUGUUACCAACGGAUUUAAUAGAGAAUAUUUAGAUAACAUUUUAGAAGAUGAAUUAACUAAUGACAACUCUUUUGAUAGAAACAUUCCUUUGGAACAAAAUUCUUUCAACAGGAACAUUAGUAUUGAUCACAUAACUAUUGACCAGUUGUUUGAGAUCAUUAAGAAGGGAACAGAGACAGCGAAAUUACUUAAAAAAGCAAUUUAUCCUACUGUUGAAGAAUUUAGAAGAACUUUUGAAGAAGAAGUUACAAUACAAAAACCACCACAAAGAAAUCAAUAUAAUGAUACACAAUGGAAUUGGAUGUGUAACUAUAAAAUAAUUAAAGUGAUACAAUUUUUUAUAUUUGUAGUUUAUGAAUCAACAUCAGAAAUAAAUGGAGCAGCAACUUAUACACAGGUUCAAGCAUGGAAGAAAUCAGAAGAAACAACUUGGUGUUAUAACCAUCUUGAAGAACUAAUUGAUGAAACAGAUGAAAAUUCAUUUACAUAUAUGGAUACUAUUGUUUUGAGAGUAUUUCCUGAUGGUUCUCCUUCUUAUAAUUCUACAGCAUAUGUCAUGGCAGUUUGUUCACUCAUGUUAGAUCCCAAUCAUUCUGGCAUUACUAUGUCUGACGAAGUAACUGGAAUACUCAUGACCCAAUAUAUGGAUUUAUUAAAAGAAAAUGGAUAA